AUUCGAUGUGCUUGCGUUUUCAGUUUACAGAAAACAUCGAUGCAUCAACGCCUCGAUGCAUCGACUAUUUAUACAUCGAGUGGAAAAUUUUCGAUGCAUCGAAACGAAACAUCGAUAUUUUCGAUGCAUCGAUGUUUUUUCGGCAUCCGUAGUGAAAACACAUAGUUUUUUGGUAUGGAGUAUUUACGUCCGUUUUGGAAUUGUUUGAGUACAUUUUGCAGGUGUUUGCGUUGUUCAGAAGAUAUUGAUAACCAGUUCCAUUAUGAACCAAACGAGAGGACUUACUUGCUAGCUGAUCCUGCAAUUCACAACAGUCCAGCUCUAGGGCAAACAAACUCUGACGACCUUAGCAGUGAAUUUGCCCAAUCAUUGCCCAAAAAAGAUGAAAACGCAUUAUGUCGCUUAGUUCAAAGUACAGCUAUAAUUCGCUUCGCUCCGACACCAGUUGCUCUUCGUAGAAAAUUUCCGACAAAUACAUACAAAUUACAGCUACGUCGGAUUCAGGCAUACCAACAUUACGAAUUUCGAAUAUGGUCUCCGAAUUUCGAAAUUACCAUACGGCAACGCGGAUUACAGCCUACCAAUUUUAAGAUUCGUAGCAAAAUCGAAUCUACGACGGAUUACAGCAUAGGGGUGCAUAGCUGAAUUGCUGAAUAAAUUAA